AUGUAACUUUAACAGUAAACAAAAAAUGUCCCUCCCAAUUCUCUCACCAUCUUUCCUUCUUCCUUUCCUCUUGUUAGCUCCCUUUCUCUUACUGCUAUCUCAUUAUAGACCCUCCACCAGUAAAAGAGACUUCCCUCCAUCUCCAUCCAGGCUCCCCAUCAUCGGAAACCUCCAUCAACUAACCGGUUCUCUGCCUCAUCGAUCUCUUGCCUCCCUCUCAAACAAACACGGCCCUCUCAUGCUCCUCCACCUCGGCCAAAUCCGAACUCUAAUUAUCUCAUCCCCAGAGAUACUACAAGAGGUGGUAGAAACGCAAGAUGCCAUUUUUUCCGGUAGGCCAUCCCUCGUAGUAGCCAACAAGCUUUUAUAUGGAUCCAAAGACGUUGCUUUUGCGCCGCCAGGCGAUUACUGGAGGAACAUGAAGAGUCUCAUUGUUUCUCACCUCGUAAGCCCGCAAAGGAUUCAAUCUUAUUGUCUUCUAAGAGAACAGGCGGUAGCCUCCAUGAUCGAUAACAUUAUGAAGCUAUCAUCACUAGGACCACAGAUGAAUUUGAGCGAUCCUAUAACGAUAUUUGCAAAGGAGGUAUUUAGUGCGAUAGUAUUUAACAAGCGCUCGAGAGAGGAGGGAUGGAAUGAGGUGGCUGAUGUGCUUAUCAAGGAAAGUAAUGAUUUGCUCGGAUCGUUUCAUUUUGGGGACUACUUCCCGCGUCUUUCAUGGUUAAGUACCCUCAGUGGAUUUGAUGCGAGAUUGGAGAGGACAUUCAGCAAGGUGGAUAAAAUCCUCGAACAAAUCAUUGAGGAUCGACGUAGUGGUGACAGUAAAUCGAUAAAUCAUGGGUCUGAGCUUGAUUCGUUCGUCGAUAUCUUGCUCUCGCUUCAGAAAGAUAGCAAAACUGGAAGUUUGCUUGACGAAGAGAGCAUUAAAGCUUUCGUUGGGGACACAUUUGGUGGGGGAACCAUAGUAACAGCACUGAUCCUAGAAUGGGCUAUGGCAGAGCUUGUAAGAACACCAGAAGCCAUGAAGAAAUUACAAAAGGAAUUACGAAGUAAGGUUGGUGUAAAGAUCAUAAUGAAAAACGAGGACUUGGUCGCAAUGACCUAUUUGAAAUCGGUGAUAAAGGAGGCCCUGCGGUUGCAUACGCCCAGUCCGUUUCUCGUUCCACGUGAAGUGAUUCAAAAUACUCGAGUUCAAGGCUAUGAAAUUCCGAAGCAGACAAGAGUCACUUUGGCGGCUCAGAGCAUCGGAAAGUCGUGGGGUGACGGAUUUCUUGCAUAGUCGUCAUCGCGUAUUUUUACUAGUAU